AUGGCAUCACAAGCACAUACCGCUGAUGAUCCAACUGAUUCUACAGUUAUACCCGCCCCGGAGUCAUCACUCUCGGAACCACAUCCCGCAGAAGGUCCUGGACCAGGCCCAACUUCACAACUUGAACCAUCUACCGAAUCGGAUCCGAACCAGACUAUCGAGGUUGAUAGACUCUCAGACUUGGAUUCUGCCUAUGGUGAAUCAAUACACAGCGAUUUGACAUCAUUAGCAUCCAGCAUUACUCGAGGUGUUUGGGAACAUGGUCGCCGAUAUCACUCCUACGGUAGAUCCCAGUACGCCUUUCCAAACGACGAGGCCGAGGCCGAAAGACUGGACAUGCAACAUGCCAUGCAGACACACCUGCUGGGAGAUCGACUGUUCUGGGCCCCCAUCAACCCCAAUCCGGCUAGGGUCCUGGAUCUAGGAACGGGCACUGGAAUCUGGGCCAUUGAAUUCGCUGACAUGUUCCCUUCCGCCGUGGUCACAGGCACCGACCUGAGUCCCAUCCAACCUCAGUGGGUGCCUCCAAACUGCAGCUUUGAGAUUGACGACGCAGAAGCUGAGUGGACUUGGGAUGAGGGUACAUUUGACUACAUUCAUAACCGCAAUUUCGUCUGCGCAAUUCGAGACUGGCCGAAGCUCAUUCGCCAAUGCUACCAAUUUGUUAAGCCUGGUGGCUGGGUAGAAUGGCAUGAGAAACACCCCUAUCUGCUCAGCGAUGACGGGUCGCUGUCAAAAGAUUCUGCUCUGUUUCAAUGGGGCGCGAAAUUCUUCGAGGCCAGCGUUCAUUUCGGAAAAGACGCCCGAUCACCUCAGAAUCUGAAACGAUGGAUGGAGGAGGCCGGGUUCGUCGACGUGGAAGAGCACAUCCUCAAGCUCCCCGUCGGGCCGUGGGCAAAAGACCAGAGACUUAAAGAGGUGGGCCUUUUCGAGAGCGUCAACAUGACCGAGGGGAUCCAAGGCUUAACCAUCAUGCUUUUCACCCGCUGUCUGCAGUGGACUCCUGCCGAGGUCGAGUCAUUCCUCUUGGACGUCCGAAAGGAUGUCAAGAACAGGGCUAUUCAUAGCUAUUACCAUUUGUGA